CGAUCAGCCAUUCAAACUGGCUCAAUCAUUCAUCCCAAUUGAUUCCGGCGCGCUACAUAUGUACGUGCGUAUGUGACACACGUGCGUACAUACAUAUGUACCUCGCGGUGUAAAGUGGCUCUUUAUUAAAUUCACGUGUGUCUCGCCUAUCGGUUUCCCACUGCCGCGUAAAGAGUCGUCCUCAGACGACUCGGUGCGACCGGGCAGGGCAGGGCAAGGAAGAGAGAACCUCAGGUAAUGGCGUGUCGCGUGGUGAGCAUCCUUCCGGCGAGCGUCCUUCCGGUCGAAAGUAAAAGCAGCAAUAACCAGCGACUGAUCGCCGCUCACGGCAGCAGCUGAGAGGAACGUCACUACAUUGCAUAAGGCCAACGGACGACCGACCCGGCGAAAAUGUUCGCAUGCGGUAGGGCCAUUGGCCGAUUGCCCACCAGACUCACGCAUGCAAAUCGGCUCUAUCAAUCUGUAAAAUACGUCGGUGUUGUAAAUAUUAGUAAUUUACGCUAUAGUAGCGAUGCAAGCAAUAAAAAAUCUGAAAAGCCAAGAGGCACCACUAUCAAGCCAGAAGAAUGUGUGCCUGAAUCUAGAUAUUCCAAGCCACAGAAAGAUGUUCCUGCCUGUGAAGCAGGAUCUUGCCCAAGAAUAGAAGAAUGCAAGUUGAAUGGAGAGCAAAAACAGUCAAGCAAGAAAGGUUCAGACUUUGGCAAAAAUGAAAAAUAUCCAAUUCGCUAUUGGCAUCUACUUGCUGCCUUGCUUGUAACAGGAGUUGCAGCAUACAAGAUAUUUUCAUCACCUUGGUGGAAAAGUGAAGAAGUAAGUCAACGAAAAGGUAAAAAUAAACAAAAGAAAGAAGGAAGAAGGAGAUUUAGAGAGAAAAUAAAAGUUCCAGCAGAAUCCAAAUUGAUACCUCAGGAAGUAUCUUAUCUAUUGAUAGGUGGAGGAACAGCUGCAUUUUCAGCAUUUAGAUCAAUUAAAUCUAGAGAUCCCAAAGCUAAGGUUCUAGUUAUAGCAGAAGAAGAUGAAUUUCCAUACAUGAGGCCACCAUUAUCCAAAGAACUUUGGUUCAACACAGAUAAAGAAACAACUGCACAAUUACGUUUUAAUCAAUGGAAUGGAACUCAAAGAAGUAUAUUUUACGAACCACGGGAGUUCUAUUCAAGUGUUGCUCAUCUCGAAUCUGAUAAGGGUGGAGUUGCUGUAGCCAUGGGUUGGAAAGUAACGAAAAUCGAUGCUAUAAAUAAAACUGUGAUUCUUGAAGAUGGUCACGAAAUAAAAUACAGCAAGUGUCUUAUUGCAACCGGUGCAUCGCCGAAGAAUCUGCCAAUAUUCGAAUCUAUUGAAGACGAAAUAAAAGACAAGAUUACAACGUUUAGAACAAAGAAUGAUUUUCUCGAUUUGGAAGAAAGUGUUUCUAAUCCUAACUGCAAAAAUAUUGUGAUCAUUGGUGGCGGAUUUCUCGGUUCGGAACUCGCCUGCGCGCUCGCUAGAAGUUAUAAAUCUAAAAAUGUUUUCCAAAUUUAUAAAGAGAAGUUCAUAAUGGCACAAAUAUUACCAGAAUAUUUGAGUGAAUGGACCACUAAAAAGGCCGAAGCAGAAGAUGUUCAUUCUAUACCUAGCACAAAAGUUGAAGAUUAUAGAUAUAAGAACGGUCGAUUGUCCCUCGUUCUCACUGAUGGUCAGACUAUUGAUGCUGAUCAAGUGAUAGUAGCGAUAGGUGUUGAACCAAAUACGGAUUUGGCAACAACCUCGCAUUUAGAAACAGAGCCUAAGAUAGGAGGAUUCCUUGUUAAUGCUGAAUUAGAAGCGAGAAGCAAUCUUUGGGUUGCUGGUGACGCAGCAUGUUUCUAUGAUAUCAAACUUGGUAGAAGAAGAGUUGAGCAUCAUGAUCAUGCGGUCACUUCUGGAAGAUUAGCUGGCGAAAAUAUGACUGGUGCAGGUAAACCUUAUCUGCAUCAAUCAAUGUUUUGGUCAGACUUGGGGCCAGAUGUAGGAUAUGAAGCAAUAGGUAUCGUAGACUCAUCUUUGCCAACUGUAGGAGUCUUUGCAAAAGCAGCAGAAGCAAACGCGAUUAACGAUUCUAGUGAAGAAGAAAAGACAAAUUCUAAGGAAUCACAAUCUAAUGUACAAUUAAAGUCAUCAAUGACACAAAUCGUGAAAAAUCCAGAAAAUAAAGAAAAAGAUAUAUCUGGAGAUAAUGUAAACUCAGUCCAGAAACCUACAAAGCACGAAAAUUUCGAGAAAGGUGUUGUUUUCUAUCUACGAGAUGAUGUUGUAGUAGGAAUAGUGCUAUGGAAUAUCUUUAACCGAAUGUCGAUUGCGAGACGAGUUCUUGCAGGGGACACAAAGUAUGAGGAUUUAAAUGAAGUAGCAAAAUUAUUUACGAUUCACGAAGAUUGAUUGUUUGAUUAACAAGAAUGAAUGACAAUAUAGUAAGAGAUUUUAUUGCAUGUAAAAAAAUAUUCGAAUUCCAGUAUGAGAUAUUAUCAUCACAAAACUCACGAUCGACAAUUUGCUGAAUUUUGCAGGUAUGCGAAUUAUGAGUGCCAGUGUUACUUUAUAUUGUAUAUGUGGAGAUUUCUAAAUAUAGUAAAUAUAUACACAAAACGUUCCCAUACACGUACAAAGUAUGUGUUUCAUUAACUAAUGCUAACUAAAAGUAUUUAUACACAUGGAGAAAUAAAAAAGAUAAUUUUAUUAAUUAUAUA